AUGGGGGGCCAAAAUACAAAGCUCACCCCAGAAGCUGAAGCCAUGCCUCCUAAAAUACGUCCGCUUCUACAACGAAAGUUUGAGGAGAUCAAAAACCGUAUAAGAGCAAGAAGACUAAGACAUGAUGCUGCUCCCUCCAAGAAACAACUACUUAAACCUGAGGAUAAUGAAGAGGAGGUGAAUACCUCUGAGUUUCAAUCUUCGCCCGAAAAUAGUGUAGCAUCUUCAAAGGCACAAACGGUACCCGAGAAGAAGACUUCAAAUGUUGCACCAGUUUUGGUAGAUCAUGAUGAUAUUAAUGACAAAAAAAAUAAGGAAAAAAAUAAAUUAGACAACAGCAAUAAAGAACAGAAAGAGGAAGAAAAGGGGAAAGUGGCAAAGGUUGUGCCUGUGUACAUAGGAGGGGUUUUUGCAUUGGAGCAAGCCACAGAUGGAGAGGAAGAGAAUGAAGAUCAGGAAGAUAUGAGGAGUAUAAACUACCAAAUGGAUAUGUAUCCUUCAUCGCCAAGUUUCCGAGUUUAUUGCCAAGAACCAACGGAAUUUGAAAAGGAAUUGGAAAUGGAAACUGAAAAGGAUGCAAGUAAAUAUGACAACACUUGCAGCACAGAUGAGGAUAUGAACCAACACGAAACGCCAAGUGCAGCCAGCAGAAUUGAUAGCAAAGCUGAUAACAACGGCCAGGACACUAAACCAAAGAAGAAAGCAAGGAGAAGAAGAAGGAAAAAACCAUUCCAAAUGGGAGGACCAGCAGACUGUUCAGUAAAGAAUUUAUUAAAUGUUAGAGGUUGGGCUGGCCACGACAGAGCUGCAAUUCUUGCUGAGAAAUCUGCACCCACGUGA